GGGCCAGGGACCGAACGGUCUUCCCGUCCAGCGUCCUUAGCUGCCCCCGAUCCCAGUACCCGCAGUCUCAUUUGCCACUUUCCGACGCGUGACCCCGGCGCGCUCGCGUCCCGGGCUGGUGACAGGCGCGGGGUACGCCGAGAGGUCCCAUGUGCCCCCUCCCUUUCCUGGCCGCCGCAGUCGCCGCGUCCCGAACCCCACUCCGGCUCCUCGGCAGAGGACUCGCCGCCAUGUCUGCCGCCAGGCGACUCAAAUCCGUGGACUACGAGGUGUUCGGGAGAGUGCAGGGUGUUUGCUUCAGAAUGUACACAGAAGAUGAGGCUAGGAAAAUAGGAGUGGUUGGCUGGGUGAAGAAUACCAGCAAAGGGACUGUGACAGGCCAAGUGCAAGGCCCCGAAGACAAAGUCAACUCCAUGUCCUGUCUUUCCUACCUGGUGCCUCCAGAUCCCAAGUCUUCUGUGUAGUCAUGAGAGAGAGAGAGAGAAACCGAACAUCUGAAGCAGGCUCUGCACUGACAGCACAGAGCCCGAUGCGGGGCUUGAACUCACGAACCGCGAGACCAUGACCCAAGCCGAAGUCAGAUGCUUAACUGACUAAGCCACCAAGGUGACCCGAUGCUAUCAUUUUAAUGGGGUUUCAUGUAAAAGGACAUGAGCGUGCCAUGUUUAAUUGUACCGUGAAGCUUACGUGAGAAAAUCCACAGAAAGCACUUAGCAUACAGCCUGGCCCAGAAUAAAGAACAAAUAAACGUUUGCUCUCAUUAGGUGACCCAUAGGACUCCAUCUCUGCACAUGGGGUUCUAGUGGCAGUUGGACUGGCCAGGUGGAAAUGCCACUAGGCUCUUGGAUAUAUGGGUCAUCCCUGCAGAGAAACUGGGCUAGAGAAAUAAAUUUGGUGGUUGUCCCUCUGUGGAUAGUGUUUGAAGUUAUAUACAUGGAUGGGAUUACCAGGGAGAGCUUUCUUGAUGAUAGGUAAACAGGAAGCAUGCAGCAGAGAAUGUAAAUCAAGCUUCACCAACAUUAUAAAUUGGAAUGCCAUUACAAAUAAAAAUAGAUGGUAGAGAGUGAAUUCAUUCCUCUAGCAUGUACUGUGUGCAGUAUUGGUUAAAGUACUGAAUUAUCAAAAAAUUAAAGCACGGUAAAGAGAAGUUACAGAAAUAGGUGGCAAAGUCAGACUACAUGUGGUAUAUUUAUGGUUAAAUAAAUAUCGCCUUAUUUUCUUCUGGUUGUUAAAAAACUUUAUUUAUUUAAGAGUGCUAUGACAUAAGAAAAUCGGAAUUAAAUUGUCUUUUAAAAACAUGAGUGUGCUUUCAUCCGAAGUUAUUGAAAUGUGGAAUUCAACAGGCAACAUCAUUUAGAGGUGGCUUGGCUACGAUUGUAGCAGCUCUUUGGAAAGGUGCCAGGAGAUCCCAGGACAUGCUGCAGAUGUGUGUAUUUUCUUCCCCUUCUGUGUUUCAUUUGGUCAGAAAGAAUUACUGAUGGCUUUCUUUUGCAAAUUGCACUAUGUGAUUCCAAUUGUGGUGGUAAGAUUCGCCAACAUUUUUUGAUACAUAGAAACCAUUUGAGUCUAUUGUUUUAUUUUUAUUUUAAAGUUUAUUUAUUUAUUUUGAGAAAGAGCAAUGAAAAGUCAGAGAGGGAGAGAGAGAAUCACAAGCAGGCUCUACACACUGUCAGCAUAGAGCCCAACUCGGGGCUCCAUCUCAUAAACUGUGAGAUCAUGACCUGAGCUGAAAUCAAGGCUCAGACGCUUAAUGAACUGAGCUACCCAGGUGUCCCUAAGUCUAUUGUUUCAUUAAAGCUACUUUUCCCAUUGGUAACCAUUUAAAAUUAAUGUAUAGAGUUAUAAUUCUGAGCACAAACUUUUUUUUCCCUAAGUUUACUUAUUUAUUUUGAGAGAGAACGCAUGAGUGGGAAAGGGACAGAGAGAGAAUCCCAAGCAGGCUUCGUGCUGUCAGUGCACAGCUGGGCAUAAACUUUUGACUAAAUCUGUACAAAAUAUAUUUUUCUUAAAAACUAAAUGGAAAUUCUGGGGGAAAAAAGCCCUCAAAACACAAAAAACUAAAAACAUUUGCAUGUGGACACAGCCAAAUUCUAAAAUUAAAAUUACAUCUUGAUUGCUAUAUAUUUUUAAAACCAUAUGUCAUAUAUGUGUAGUUUGCACUUGAAAGCAUCAUUGAUGGGCUGGAGAAUGUACUCAAGAGAGUGAUCAAAUGGUUACGUGGUCUGGAAAACUGUAUCACAAUAUAGGUAAUGCUUGAAGGCAUUGAAGGUAUUUAGACUGGAGAAAAGGAUACUUGAGGGAAUCAUGAUAGUUUACUUCAAGUAUUUGAAGGGCUGAUACAUGGGAAAAGAUAAGUCUUUUAUGUUGUUCUAGAAAGUGAUAAUUUUGGUUAUAGUAAUGGGUGAAUUUAUUUAUUUCAAUUCACUUUGACAAAGAAUUUUCCUGUAAAGGUAUCUAAUAUAUCUAAUGGAAUUUUAUCAAUAACUAGGAGUGGUCUACAUCAGGGGUUGGCAUACCAUGGCUUUCAGGCCAGAUCUGGCCUAUUGCCUGUUUUGUAAAUAAAGAUUUAUUGGAUCACA